AUGGAUGUGGCACUGCUGAAAAUGGACGAGAGUUCGAAUCCGACGCCGCGCGCGCAAUCCGCCUCACCAAUGGCCGAUUCCAAGGAGAUAAUGAGGAUGCUGAGCGAGUCGUCGUCGCAUGUUUUCGGAUCGAUGGAUCGGAGCAGUCCGAAAUCGCAACUCGAGCGGAUUCUCGGCGAAGCGGCAUCGUCGGCGACGUUCGCCUUCGACUCGAGCGUCUUCAACGAUAUUUCGUCGUUCACCACACUCCGCAACUCGUCGAAAACUCUCAAAUGCCCCAAGUGUAAUUGGCAUUACAAGUAUCAAGAGACACUCGAGAUUCACAUGAAGGAUAAGCAUAGCGAUGCCGAUGUGAAAUGCGUCUACUGCGCCGACAAUCUCCAACAUCCGAAACUUGCUCGCGGCGAAACCUACUCGUGUGGGUACAAGCCUUACAGAUGCGAUUUGUGUCGAUACAGCACCACAACGAAGGGCAAUCUUAGCAUUCACAUGCAAAGCGACAAGCAUUUGCACGCCGUGCAGGAGCUGCCGAAUAGCAUAGUGGAAAUCGCGAAAAAAUCGAUGUUUAAUUUGUCGAAUUCCAUCUGCGGACACUUUUCCGGUUUCGUAGAAUAUUCAAUUUGUGCUCAUUUCAUGAUUGAGUGCUCAAUUUGGUUAGCUGAAUGUUCUUAUGAAACCAAGGAAGCACUUCAGAACUCGCCGAUCGACGAGACCGAUUCGAAUCUCGUCUGCCUCAUCUGCGGCGUGUUCUCGUCGGAAUCGCUGACGGAGAUGUUGGAGCACGUCGAAAAAGACCGAAGUCGUCCGAAUCACGGCGACGUUUCGAUCGUCAACGGCUGCUUCCGCUGCCAUUUGUGCCCGUAUAAUACGACGCUCAAGGCCAAUUUUCAGUUGCACACACGAACCGACAAACAUUUGCAGAAGAUUCAAACGGCGAAUCAUCUUCGCGAGGGCUCGCGACCACACACUGCCAUUUAUCGGCUCGCCACCACCAAGACGUGCGUUCAAGUGCUUUGUCGACAGUGCCACGAGGUCAUUUCCAGUCUCGAAGCUCUUCGUGAGCAUUGCCACGUGUCGAGCAGCACCGGAAACGGAAACGGAAUCGGAAUCGGUCAACACCAACACCAGCACAACAAUAAAUCAGCGCAAAUUGUGAAAACGUGGCGAUGCAAAAUUUGUAGCGUCGAGGUUGAAACUCUCGACGCCGCCACAGAAUUCGCGAUGGUCGACGACGCAGCAUAUGCAUGCGCUGGAUGCGGGUUUACUACUAAAGAGGUCGCCGAUCUCGAAGAGCACGCGAAAUCACACGAAGAAGAGCGCGAUUCGGCGAGUCCCGGACAACAGAAGAAAUCGUCGUCGUGUUCGGUGUGCAUCGAUCUCGAGAAACACCUCAUUUCGGACCAUCAAAUAUCGGGAAGCACUAUCGAGAAGCUGUUGCUCGUUGAGAACAAGGAAUCGUCAUCGUCGGACAACGACUUCCAGCAUCGAUGCGCCAAGUGCCCGAUGGCGUUCAGAAGCGACUCGCAGCUCAAAUCGCACAUCGUCGAGCACGUCUUCACAACGCAUCAGAGCUGUCCAACUUGCGCUCAAUCAUUUGACGAUAGUGAAAGUUUAAUGGCACACAUGAUGGAGCAUUCGAACGAAUUCUGCGAUAUUUGCUCUGAAUCAUUCUCAUCAAAGGAGGAGUUUUUGAAUCAUCUGCACACGACGAGGCAUCUACAACACGCGAAGAAGCAUCUCGAAAACUCGACGGUCGAUCUUAACACUCAACAGUUCGCCGCCGCGGUUCUUGGCGACAAUUGCGAGAAAUCAUUUCGGUGCCACGUCUGCAAACAAUCGUAUGCACAGGCCGCUUCACUCGACAUCCAUAUAAGAUCGGUGGCUCAUCAAACGCGAAUGACGCGCCUUCCCGAACUGGUUGCCGGCAACGAGGUCGACAGCGAGAAGCCGAUUGUUGAGCAGCCCGGUGUGUCGAAUCCGUCGAUUCGACAAUUCAUUGAACAGACCGCCAAACAGAUGACAAUGAACGAUGUGAUGUCGCUUCUUUUGCGAAAUGAAUCCGAUGAGAAUCGAGAAGAGAUGAACGGGUUACAAAUGCUGACACAGAUAAAAGUUUAUGGCGAGGAGAAGAUCACGGGUCUCGUCGCGGGUCUCGCCGCGAAAAUCGACAAAAUCGCGCAGCUCGACGAUGCGAAAUGCGCCGAUCUCGCGCGAAUCGACUGCGCCACUUGCGGACUUCAAGUCAGCGGAAUUCUCGGAAUCAAUCUGCAUUACGAAGAAGCGCAUUCGGCGAGUAUUCCGAAUGAGGUUCUCAAGAAGUUUGGCGAGCGGCUGCUGUCGGCGCUCGACGACAAAUUGCCAACAUCGCCGGAAGCGAUCAGCGAGAAUGGAAGCGAGGAUGAGCCGCCGGCGCGUAAACGACUCAAGGUCGAGGAUGCUGCUUCGGCGGCGGCGGCGGCGGCGGCUGCCGGCCUUCCGAACAUCGACAUGGCUUCUCAAAUCGCCAUGUUCUCGCAGAUGAUGGGAUUCCCGUUUAUGGGCGCGCAGCCUCCGACAACGGGAGCCGGCGGCCCGUUCGGUCUUCCGCAGGAGAUGUUCAACACAAUGCUGAAUCCGGCAGCGGCUGCCGCCGCCGCUGCCGCCGCUGCCAACGCGGCCAACAACUCGCCAGCGAAACGUGCUCGAACUCGAAUCACCGAUGAUCAGCUCAAAAUCUUAAGGCAAUAUUUCAACAUCAACAACAGUCCAACCGAGGCGCAAGUCAAGGAAAUGUCGGAGAAGUCGGGCCUACCGGAGAAGGUGAUCAAACACUGGUUCCGCAACACACUCUUCAAGGAGAGGCAACGCGAUAAAGACUCGCCGUAUAAUUUCAAUGUGCCUCCACAAUUGGGCAUCGAUUUGGAUACGUAUGAGAAGACCGGCGAGGCGAAAGUCGUCUCGUUGUCGAGCGAGAGCUCGAUGAAACGCCCGAAAUCUGAAGUGAACUCGGCUCGCGCCACACCCACAACGCCAUCCAUGACGACGUCAACUGCCGUCGAUGAGAAGAAGGAGAAAUCGCAGCAGCUCAAUCUGCAAGCAAUGCUCUCUCAGAUCCAGCACGCCAACACGUUCCCAUUCCUUGAUGCGACAUUCAUGGCAGCCGCUGCUGGCGGCGGCCCGAUGGCUCAGAUUCAGCCGCCUCAACCUCAGCAGACAAACGCGACGUCGUCUAGUGGGCGCCGCGCGAAUCGCACACGAUUCACUGAUUAUCAAUUGAAGACACUUCAACAGUUCUUCGACAAACAGGCUUAUCCAAAGGAUGACGAUCUUGAAGUUCUCAGCAAGAAGCUGCAGCUCAGUCCGAGAGUGAUUGUCGUGUGGUUCCAGAAUGCGAGGCAGAAGGCGCGAAAAAUUUAUGAGAAUCACCCGAACCACGAGAAUUCUGAUCGAUUCGUGCGCACGCCUGGCAGCAAUUUCCAAUGCAAACGAUGCAAUCAGGUGUUCCAAAGAUACUAUGAGCUCAUCCAGCAUCAGCAGAAGAAGUGCUACAAGGACGACGGAGCAGCUCUCGCCAGCGACAACAAGAGUGUUGAAGAAUCGUUGAGCGACGAGGAGAAACGUCAGCUUCUCGCCCAACAGCAAGCCGCGCAACUCGCCAACUUCCAGCCUUCGGAUCUUCUGAAACUCUUCGGUGAUCCGAAAUCCAGCAACGACGUCUUGCUGAAAAUGUGCGAGUCGAUGAGCUCGGCGAGCACCUCGUCUUUCCACAAACAGUGCCCAUUCUGCACAAGCAACUUCCGCGAAAAGUCGGCAAUGGUUGAGCACCUUCAACAAGAGCACCCUCAGAUUAUGCUCAUCACGCCGAUCGACGUCGACAUGCUUCCCGAUAUUUCGACGACUCCCGAACCAGGACGAGAUUCGAUUGCCUUGGAUCUUUCCGGAUCGGGGAUUGAUAUGUCACGAGAUUCGAUUUCCACUAGUCCGACGAGAAGCGAUGACGACGUCGUUACCGAGGCUCUUGAUGACUCGGCGUUCGCGACGUUCGGGAUUCCGGUAUCCGGAAAUCCUGAUUGCAGAUCGCCAGCGAACAACAAACGAUAUCGAACACAUCUGACUCCGUUGCAAGUGCAGGUGAUGAAGAACACGUUCGCUGAAUACAAGACCCCGUCGAUGGCUGAGUGCGAGAUGCUCGGAAAGGAGAUCGGAUUGCACAAGCGAGUGGUGCAGGUGUGGUUUCAAAAUGCGCGGGCCAAGGAAAGGAAGACAAAAGGGCAUGGCGACGAGGAUUUCAAAUCACAUCAGACCAGCUGCGAACAAUGCGAUAAGCAAUUCCCGACACGACUUGCCCUUCAAGACCAUUUGUUCUCGAAGGAGCAUGUGACUUUGCUCAGAAGCAAUUUGAAGAAGGAAGGAGUUUCAGAUGUUUCGACAGCCAUUGAGCCAGCCGCUCCUGAGAGGAAAUCAAUGAAACCAUCAUCAUCGAACAUUGAUCUCACCGCCUUCCCAUUCAAUUUAAUGAUGGCUGGUGGUCUUCCAUUUUUGGAUGUCAACUUGCUCGGAACCCCAAUCGCGAUGCUCCAGAUUCCCGACGACGUCAAAACUCAAAUCACAAAUGAUUUGGCUAAUGGAAAGACGUCAACGGUUUUCUCGCAAGACGCCAACACGAUCGAAUCCGUUAGAGAAGCGCUGCCCGAUGAUGAAAAAUCGAAUGUUGAAGCGAUCGAGAAAGACGUUGGUUGGGCUUGUCCGUCGUGCACCAACGUGUUCCAAGAAGAGAAGAAGCUCAAAGAGCACCAGAAAACCAUGCAAAUGUGCAAUUCCUGUGAUUCGAUGCUCACCCUCACUCAAAUCCAUUACUCGUGCAAAUUGUGCACCUCAUUGUUCUGCCUUAAAACCGACUAUUUGAUGCAUUUGACAACUUUCCCACAUCUUCAAUUCAAAAAUGCCAUCCAGAAUUGA